GGUAUCGGCAGUCUGGUUUCAUACAUGGACUUCAAUAGUUCGGCGCGGGCACCGGCAAGAGCUUGCAAGAUCGACAGCGACGUUCGCUGUACCCCGGUGGCAGUGUUUUUGUCUAUUUUGUGUGACUAAUCCGCAAUCGGCAAUCGGUGCUUGGCCUCGCCGAUGAGCUUUCAAAUCAACCAAGGCGACUCUAAUCAAUAUCAACAAGUGAAAGAGGAAUAAUGACUGGAUCAGUCCACGAUCCGAAAUGGAGCCUGGAAAGAAGGGAGUCGUCGGGUCAUUUGGUUUGGCGCAAGGAGUCCCCAGAAUCUAAGGUUCGAUUUCGGUUUGAUGUCGAGGUCCUGGAGUUUGAAAAGCAUCCACAUGAAGAGCUUGAGGAAAAAGAAGAUCACUUCUCAAUCUCAAAUCUGUCGACGACAAUUGCCUUGUGCGCCACCUGUGUUGCCGUUGUGGCCGCAACAGUGUUUUUGCCCUGGUAUCUUAUGGAGAGAGUUGGCUCGGUAUGAAGGCUCUGUCAGUAAAGAGCUAUAAAUACAUUUAUGUACAAUAUGUACACACAUCCGAUCCGUGACGGUAUUAAAUAGACUUUUGUGUAUAUACAACGUA